CCCCAGCCCUCCGUCCCAGCUGGCCAGGUGAGCACGCACUGCCAUGGGGCCUUAUCAGGGCCUGGGUUGCCAGGCCACGCCCGAGCAAUAGGCCCUUUCUUCUGCAGCACUGUAACCUGAAUAACAGGUUGUGACAAUCUCUGUUGGACAAGAGGGGAAAACUGUUUUCAGGGCUUGGUGGCUGCAGAAGGCAUUCCUGCCCCAUCCCGUGUACCUGCCCAGCUCCAGCUGGCCAGGCCUGGACUGCAGCUCCAGAGCACCUAGGCUGCCGGGGGAGCAGGCUGGGGACUGCAGGUGCCAGGUGAGCAGCCUUGGACUCAGCCAGGAGGGCAUUAGGCUGGCCUGCUCCUCCCCACCCCAGCCAGAGCCAGAAGCCCUGCUUGGCACAGGCACUCCAGCCAAAGGCCAGCAUCGCAGCCAGGUUAACACUGACCCAAGCCACUCUUCACCUGGACAGGAUGAGAGUGUCAGGUCUGCUCCGCCUCCUGUCCCUCAUCGCCACGCUGGUGGCCACGUGGCUCUUCCUGCGCAGCUCCGGCAGCCUCAGCGUGAAAACCAUCCGCCUGCCGCGCUGGCUGGGUUUGGCCCCCAAGGAGAUCCGGGUCCCAAAGACCAAGUGUGGCCUCAGCAAGCCCUGCCCAGCCAACUUCUUUGCCUUUAAAAUCUGCAGUGGCGCCGCCAAUGUCGUGGGCCCCUCCAUGUGCUUUGAAAACCAAAUCCUCAUGAGUCCUGUGAAGAACAACGUGGGCAGAGGCCUGAACAUCGCCCUGGUGAACGACCUUAGACUGCUGAGUAGCCGAUUUCUGAAAAAGACCAGCAGCAUGCUUCACGUUGCAGGAAGUGACCGUCUGCUCUCUUGCCCACUAGGAACCACGGGGCAGAUGGUGAGGAUGAGCUCUUUCGACAUGUACUCCGGAGAUCCCAGCCUCCUGCUGAAAUUCCUCACGGAGAUCUCCGAGGGCACCCUGGUGCUGGCGGCCUCCUAUGACGACCCGGGGACCAAGAUGACUGACGACAUCAGGAAGCUCUUCUCCAGCCUGGGCAGCUCCUACGCCCAGCAGCUGGGCUUCCGGGACAGCUGGGUCUUCCUGGGGGCCAAAGACCUGCGGAAUAAAAGCCCUUUUGAGCAGUUCUUAAAGAGCAACCCAGAGACGAACAAGUACGAGGGCUGGCCGGAGCUGCUGGAGCUGGAGGGCUGCGUACCCCAAAAGACAUUUUAGGUGGCUGUGGCUCCUGGAACAGCGCCCCAAGGCUCCUGCCUGCGCCGGGGCUGGGAUGGCAGCGGAGAAGCCGGUCCGGGGCCGGAAGGCGCCCCCCUGCUGUGCCUGAGACUCUUCCCCUCGGCCUGAGGAGCCUGGCUGGUGCGGGGGCCAUGUCCCCCAGGCCCAGAUGCGGGACAGCCAUCUGGAGAGAGCAGAUGCGCUCUCCCGCCGGGGCUGCCCGGGGCCCGUCCCAGGAAGGACCGGCUGCUCACUCUCGAGCAACAUUAAAGCUUAGUUUUGCUCAC